UUUGGCGCCCGUGUCGGUGCGUCAUCCGCUGCGGCGCCGUUCGGAGCCUCCGCUGGCCUCGGCUCGUGGCCGAGCUGCCCGCGGCUGCAGGCGCCCACUCCGGCGUUGAGCCUCCUUCUUCCAGGUUCUAUUUAUUCAAAAUAUAAGAAAAUGAAAAGAAAAGUAACAAAAGUUGGAAACUUUAGAUUUAGUCCCAAUGAGGAAGCCUUGCUUUUAAAGGAAGAAUAUGAAAGAAGACGAAAACAAAGAUUACUGCAGGUUAGAGAACAGGAAAGAUGCAUUGCUUCUCAGUUAAGACAAGAAGUAAAACAGAGGAGAGAUCAAUACCUCCAUCAUUUGGCAGAAGAGUUGAGGGUAGAAUGGGAAAAAACACAAAAACAGAAAAUCAAAGAACUGGAAAACCUGUAUAUUGCAAGCUUACGUUGUGUGGGAGAGGGACAUCGUAGUGCUAAGGAAAAUGAUCCUCGUAUACAUGAAAUAAUAAAGCAAAGAGAGGAAAGGCAACAAAGAGCGGAGGAAAGAGGCCAGGAAGCAUUGAAAAAAAUGAAAAAUGAAAAGGAAAAGCUAUUGAAAAAAAAAUCAUGGAAUGUAGAAACUCGUAAGAAAGUACUACUAGAGGAAAAAGAAAGAGCUGCAAAAAUUGCAAGUCUUCCACCCCCUCCUCCAGAUCCUUUUGAGGCUGUCCUCACACUUAAGACAUACUCUCUUCCUGGAAAAGGCACAAAUGUUCAAGUAAAAGGAAUUUCUACAUUAAAGAGCAACACUGCUAGUAACCCUCCUACUUACCAUCAUCUUGGCCCAAGUGUCAUAAACGAGGAGAAGGAUGUAGAACAGAGCCUUCAAUUGAAGCAAAUUUCUAAGAUUACUAGUACUACUACUUGUACUAGUACUAUUACUACUUGUUCCACUUACAAUUUUGAACCAACUGUGGAGAGAGAGAUGGAAGUACAACAGCCAGAUCCUCAUUUGGCCGCUGAAGAAGAAACAAAGAGGUUGGAGAAACUACAGAAAGAAGCAAUCCAAGAAAAGAGAGAACAGCUUGAAAAGGCUCACAUACGAGGAAUUCAUGCUAUGAGAAAGGUUCAUUUGGCUAAAAACAGAGAGAAAAUAAUGAAAGAGCUGGAACAGCUGCAACAAGUGGACCUUGCUAGGAGAAGGCAGAAUGUGGCCCAGAUGCCACCACAGGUGGUUGAGCUGCCAUACAAACGCAUGGAAAUUAAAGAGGACUGGCAGAGGGAACUAGAGUUUGCCUUUGAAGAUAUGUACAAUGCAGACAGGAAGGUGAAGGGAGACCUGAUUUUGAAACUAGAGCCAGAGCCUUUGCCAGUUGUGACUGAACUCAUCCAGGAUGAAGAACUGGAUCUUUCAAUGGAGCAGGACUACACAUCUGAGAUUCAGAACCAAGAGAGAGGGGAAGAAGAAACUCCAUUUCUCACAGAAACAAAAUCUCCAUUGGCACAGGAGACCCAUCAUGCACCUUCAAAAACUGUAUUAAAAAAAUUAUUAGACAGAAUUCAGAGCCAGAGAUCUCAGUGGGCAAAUAAGUACACUUCCGAAGAUGAAAAUGAAAUGCCUACAAAUUUUGUUGAUGGUGAAAGUGAGACAAUAGAGACAGGAACAAUUGUCAGUGAAGAAAAACCACUGGAUAAAUCAGAACAUACAUCAGAACAAGGUGAAACAAAACAACUUAGUGGCCUUGGAAGUGAAACAAUCAAAACUGAAUUGGAAACAGAUCUCAGAAAAGAACAGCCAUGCAAAAUCCUUACAGAAUCUGGAAAGAACAAAGGCUUAGAAUCAUCUGAAAGUGAAAUUUCCCAGGUAGAUGAAAGGUCGGUUCUGCUUGAUCCUCAUGAAGAGGCCACUCAAGCUAGAACAGUAACAGACAGACAAAAACAGAUGAUGAAACUUGAACAACAAAAACAAAAACAGCUGGCAUUAAUUAGACAGAUUGAACAACAGAGAAUAAGACUGGAGAGUGAAUGCCUAAAAGCUCGAAAGACUCAACUAGAACUUGAGAGGAAAAAAAUAAAAGAAAGAAUUCAGCAAUUUUAUUUAAGAUAUAUGGAAUCUUAUCCUUUUGUGGACCAGUGGAAGAAAGAAGUCUCUGUGGUCCCUCAGCAUUUAAUGAAUGAUGCUCCAACAAUUGAUUUGGAAAUUUCCAGAGAAGAUCGUAGUAGACAAAUGAUUCAUAAUUACCAGCAACAUCUUUUACAGCAAAACAGGUUUCACAAACAAUCCAUUGAUGCAGCCAGGAAACGUUUGCAUGAGUAUCAAAAUAUGUUAAAACAAAGGUAUCCAUCCCAGUCAACCAAGAAUAUUUCAUCUGAUUUCAUAAAGCCUAAACGUGAAUCACUUGAUAGAAAAACACUAACAUUCCAGGCCAGCUCUUGUCUUCCAGGAGUAUCACAACUACCAAGUUAUCCUACAAUAACAGGAAGCACUCGUUUGCUUUCCUUAGAGAGCAAUGAAAGGAUAUCUUCUGGUCAGACUGCUUCUUCUUAUUCAGGAUCACUUAUUCAGCCUUCACUUAGUUCAGUACCUUCUGCUGAACCCGAAUCUAAAUUGGGAAGAAUCCAAGAUCUCUUUUCAACUGAGAGUCAAAUUAGUCCACAAUUUUUACGUCAUUUCAUAAGUUCAGAGGCAAAGCCCUUCCUUUCUUCAGAUCAUAGACUGUCUCAGAAGGCUAGUUUGAAGACAGUACAAGAGCCGUUAGAGGUACAAAAGGAAACUUUUCAUUUUACUGAGAAAAUCCCAGAAGAAUUAAUUGUACAUAGGCAGACUGAAUUGGAAGAAAGGAUGCUUUCUAAUCAGACUGGCUUUUCUCCUUCAAUACCAUCAUUCCCUCAUCAUUCUCUUUCUCUGUCUGCAUCUGCUGCACCUGAAUCUGAAAGAAUCCAAGAACCCUUUUCAAUCAAGAAUGACAACAUAGUUCCUUCAAACCAUUCUCUAAAGCAAAUAAUUCCAGAUAGACUUUUAUCUUCAGAAGACACCCUGUAUCAACAGUGUAAUUUAAAUGCAGUCCGAGAACAAUUGAAUAUACAAAGGGAAGCCCUUCACUCAUGUCUGAAGGCCCAGGCAAAACUGGUUUCACAUAAAUCGGCUUCGGUAGGGGGAAAAGUACCUUCUAGUCAGACUAUACCACUGGUCCCUCAGCAUUUCCUUAGUUCAUCACUUUCUGCUAAAUCAGACUCUGGAGGAGUACAGAAACACUUUUUAACCAAGAGUGAGAGCACAAUUGCUCCAAGCCCACCCCUCAAACAGGUAUUUCAGGAUAGGCCUCUGAUUUCAGAAGAUAGUCUACAUCAAGUGGAUAGUGUGGAUAUUUUGAAAGCAAUGCAACAACAGUGGGCUUUACAGAAGGAAGCCUUCAACUUUGGUCAGAAAACCCAGGAGUUAAACCUUGUAAAUAGACCAAUUGCAGUGGAAGAAAAGAAGUCCUCUUCUCAGACAGAGUCUCCUUUACUACCACUUUCCCCUCAGCUUGCACUUGGCUCAUCACCUUCUGAUGAAUCUGACUCUGUAGGAAUUCAGGAAUUCCAUUUAACAAAGAGAGAUACUACAUAUCCUUUAGGUUAUAACACAACUCAAGAUCAGUGUUUGACUUCUUCAAAACCCAUAAUUGCUCAGCAAGAUAAUUUGAAAAUAAAUGAACAGUUAGAUUUGCAGAAGGAUUUAUUUCUUUUUAGUGAGAAAGCUCAUCCAGCUGUAGCAGAAGAAGGAAUACUUUCUAGUCACACCAGGCCCUCUUUAGUACCAUUGAUUCCUCAACAUUCAUAUAAUUCAUUACACUCUGCCAAAUCUGAAUCGGGAGGAAUCCAUUUCCCUCUACCAAGGAAAUGUGAGCCUGAAAUAUGUCCCUCAAGUGUUUCUUCAAUCCAGAUAUUUGAGGAUAAGGUUUUGGCUCCUUCACAACACAUUCUACCUCAGCAGCAUAAUCAGAUGGCUUUCCAGGAACCAAGAAAUAUACAGAGGGAAGCCUUUUGCUUUAGUGAGAAAAUUCAGGAAGAGCUAUUGGUACAAUCUAAGAUGGCUUUGGAGGAAAGGCUAUCUUCUAACCAGGCUGACUUUUCUUUCCUACCGUUAAUACCACAGCAUUCAUUUACUUCUCUACCUUCUACUAAGUCUGGAGGCAUCCAGAUAACCAGUUCACAUCCUGCAACCCCUAACAUGCAAAUAUUUCAGGAAAACCUUUUGGCUUCUUCAGAACACAUUCUUCCUCAGCAGGAUGAUUUGAAUCUUCAACAAGAACAAUUGGAUUUAGAGAGGAAAGCCUUUCAGUUUGAUGAGAGAGCCCAGCACCAGACAUUGGUGAAUGAAAAAUUUUCUGCUCAGGAUGACUCUUUUGUACCAUCGUUAGCUGACCAUGCAUCUGGUUCACCACCUUUUAAUUCUGAGGAAAUCCAAAACCCUCUUAUAGGCAAGAAUGAGAGCACACAUCCUACAAGCUACUCUACAGACCUUGAAUUUCAGGAUAGAGUUUCAACUUCAGGUGACAGCCAAUAUCAGCAAGAUAAUUUUAAAGCAAUACAAGAACAAUUGAAUAUACACAGGGAGGCCCUUUCCUUUGGUGAGAGAUCUCAGUUACAAUACCAUCUUUUGGAAGAGCAUGAAUUUUUCCCUCUUACUGGGCAUGACUACAAACUUGCAACCAUGGAAGAAAGAACGUCUAAUCAAGCUGAUUCCUCUCCUUUUUUGCCACAGUUCCCUUUGCAUUCAGUUAGUUCGUUGCCUUCAGCUGAAGCUGAGUCUCCUCCUGAUUCUGAAGAAUACCAAGAAUCUUUUUUAACCAGUCAAGAAAACACACUUCCCUCAAGCCAAUCUUCAAUCCACAUGUUUCAGGAUAAGCUUUUGGCUUCUUCAAAGCAUUUUUCAUCUGCUCAAGACAAUUUGAAGGCACUCCAGAAACAAUUGAAUAUACAAAAAGAAUAUUUUGAGGGGAGACAGAAAGCCCAAGAAGAAUGGCUUCUUCGAAGACAGACUGGACUAGAAGAGUUACAGAAGCAUGAAGAGGCAUUAAAGGAUUCACUUUAUGAGAAUCAGGCAAAUAAGUCCACACCCCAAAAUGUGAAAGAAAUAAAGCCAGGGCAAUUCACACAAUUAUUUCUGUCACAAGAGGUAGACAGAAAUCAUCAGGAAGGACUUAAUCAUACAGAGAAAAGCAAAUGUGAUGAUAGAGAAUUGCUUUUAGAAAACAUCAAUGCAGAUGAGCAUAUUGGUCAGCCACAAAACAGAGACCUAAGACAGAGACUUUCAAAACCACCUGUAGCAAAAAUCAGAUCAGGACUAGAUUUAAAUCAACAUGAACUUAGUGUUAUUCAAGAAGUGGAAUCACCAAAAAGUGGUAGAGCUUCUACUAGAGAGAAGAGAGAAUGUUAUAGGCAGAUUUCUUCCAAAUUACUUUCAAAUGAUUUGGAUUCUAACAACUAUGAAGAAACUAUUGUUCAAGAUAGAGAUCCUGUCAGAAUAUCAGUAAGCCAAUACCUGAGUUUGGGGGAUGGAUCACAAGAGAGUAAUCAGGCUGCUAGCCUGCAGACUGCAAAGCCAAUUCAUAGAAGUAGUAAUGAUGGUAUGUAUCAUUCAGGCCAGACCAAGAAUGUUGUAAUGGAGAAUCAUGAGUUACUCAGUUAUGCUGCUGAUUUGGAGCAGAAAGUGCCUAUAUAUCCUGGCUCAACUUUCAAGCCAAAAAAGAUUUUGCCAUCCAUACCAUGGUCCAGUAAUGACUUUGGUUCUCAAUCCCAUGUGCAAGAGUUACAAGAUGACCAGUUAUCUUCAUUAACAGUGUCUAGUGGGAGCUUUUUAAGUAAUGAAAAGUCUCAUUUAAACCUUGCAAAUUCAGAAUUAGAACAGACUUUUCCACAUUUAUAUCAUCAGCUCUUUCAUGCUCUGGAACCUAGACUUGACUUAGAUUUUUCAUCAUCUAUUUCUCAGUCUGGACUUUCUCAAGACCUGAGCAAGACCACAUAUCCUUCAACCCCUGCAAGCCAAGAUACAGUUGGAUCUCAUGAAAGUACAAACUCUACCACAGCUAUGGGGACCACCAGUCUUCAUUCCUCUCUUGGUGUAAACUUGCAUUCGGCUAUGAAUAGAAUGAAUGUGGCUCCUGAUUCCUCCCAAACUGAAGAUUUGCCUAAAGAAAAAACUAUUGUAGCAUUAUCUGAAGAAUUAUUUCAACCACUUCUACCUGAAUCUGUCUUAAGUGACAGUAGCUAUUCUACUGAAGGACCUUCACAGAACUUUAAAAAGGAGAAAUUUUCUCUCGGAAAGCAGUAUGAGGAGUUACCAGUACAGAAGAGAAAUGCUGAUGUCUGUCUAAGGACAGUUCUACAGAGCCCAACUUUCAGUUCCUCUGACGAUCCACAUUUGUUUGAUAGAAUGAGGGUGCCACACAGCACACCUUAUGAUUCUUCUUCAAGCAAGAGUUCAACAAAAGACCAAAUGGAAUCUAGAAAGGAAGAUUUGGGUUUUGAUGAAAUGAAAGGGAGUCAAACAGAAGUUAUUACAGGUGCUCCAAGUGAAACAGAUAGUAGGUGUGUGGUCAGAGAUCCAGAGACAUGUUUAGAAAGAUCAAGUGGAUCCAUAACAAGUGAAGAAAGUGUGGAGAUCUUUCGAAACACACCUCAGCAAUUGCCAUCAUCAUUCUUAAUAAGUCUCAGAUCCUGUUCAAUACAGAGCUCUGUGCCAGUUUGGGUAAGUGAGGAGACAAUAUCAGGACGUGGUAUCAUGGAAGAAGCUGAACUUACUUUAAUCAGCUCUACUGACAAUAGUGAUACAAAUUCAGAUUUGGAAAAUUUGAUUGAAGAAGAAAAUAAGGGGAGUGAAUUGAAAAGCUGUUUUCAGGUGAAACAAGAUUCAGAGUUGAAAGAAGAUUAUUCUGCUUGGAAACCAGAUUUAACUGUUACAGAACCUCCUGAGGAGAGACCAUCUUCCUCCUUUCAACAUCCUGAUACAUUCCAAGAAUGUAGUUCUGCACCAGGAAGCUUACAAGAAGCAUUUGUAAAGGAGAAAAUUUCAUUCAUUCAGCAAUCAUCACAAAGUCAGAAAGAAAUUAAUAAUGAAACUCAAACUUCUGGAAAAUCUCAGCCUAAAUCAACUCUAGAAAUUGAAAGAAAAAAGUAUCUGGUGGAGAGAAAAUCUUCUGAGUCAACAGUGAGUCAUUUAAAGAAAGUGAAUGAAGUUAAAGUGUGUUUCCCCGAAGCUAGGAAAACUGCACAAUCUCUUCGGCAUCACCAGGCUUUAAGAUUAUUUAAUCAGUUAGCUGAAGUGAGACAACAAAAGGAACAGAAAUCAAGACAGGAUGCCUCUGCUAGAAACAGAGAAAGGGCAAGAGAGUUUCACAGGAUGAGAGAAGUAUUUUGUCUAGAAUGUAACAACUAUUGCUCAGUUUGGAGGACACCAGAGUUAGCUGUUGCUGAAUCUACCUCAUUCCAGCUUACAGAGCCUGCAGUGAGUGAGUCGAAGACAGUGAAUGAAGUUAAAGUAUGUGUCUCUGAGGACACGAAGAUUGAACAAUCAUUUAUGAAAGGACUGGCUUUAAGGUUAUAUAAUCAGCUCACUGAAGUGACGAAACAACAAAAGGAGAAGCAAGCAAGACAAGAAGACUGAUAAAAUAAGGAAAGAGCAAAAAGGUUUAACAGGAUAUCAAGCCUAGAAUCUCAAAGUUGGAAAAUAUCUGAGGUUAUCUAAGCCAAUCGUUAUCAGAAGCAUGACGAAUUCUCUUCAGCAUCCCCAACAAAUAGUCAUGUCUCUUCCUGAACCAUUGGUGAAGACAUUAGAUGUAAAAAAAAGAUAAAAAAAGUAAAAAAAAAUAUUUAAAAAACUUUUCAUUAUAAACUGAAAUAUGCACUGUUAAAACCCUCCACUCCCCUUUUAGCUUCUACACAUUGGUUUUUUCUGCCAUAUAUAUAGUAAGCAGAUCAGGUCUAAAUCCUCUUCUGUACAUAAUUUCCCUUUACAUAUUUGUACGUAUUUUACAUAUUACAUACAUGAUCAUAAUACUUUAAUCAAAUAUGUAAAGGGAAACUAUGUAAAGUAUUAUGAUCAUUUUUCCUCCUCACACAUUCUCCAGUUUUUCAGUCACAUUUUGUAUGGCAUGGUUUCAUUUUCCCCUUACCAUCAUGAUUGCCCUUCACUAUCUUAUAAGUAUCCUCAAAAUGUGGUAACCAGAGCAACUCAGUACUCCAGAUGUGAUCUGAGCAAGGUUGAAUCUAUUAGGGAUUAUCACUUCCCUUUGUUCUAAAGACCACACACUUUUUACAGACCUUUGUCACACAGUUGACUUGGCAAACAUAAAAUUUAAUGUACCUCUUAAAACUCUUGUUUUACAUAGUAUUCAUUACUUUGUUUUUACAUCAUCUGCACUUCUCAAAAGAACUACCUACCUCUUAUAAAAGGAAUUUAUUUUUCAUUGCAGUUCAGUACAUUAGUUCUUUCAUGCUUUUCUGUAUUCAACUAUUCUCUAGUCAGUGGACAUCAUCUUUCUUUUUUCAUUGACUGCUUUGAGGCAUAUGCUUUUGAAUAGUUUGCAAAUGCUUGCUAAUUGCCUACUAAUACCAUCAAACUGCUUUUUUCAUCUUUGUUCUUUUCAGGGCGAAUUCCAUUUCCCCAGUAAGCAUGAGUCUUAGUGUGAUGGUUUUGUUGUCUUAAACAACAAUUAAACAAUUCUUUUUAUAAAAUAGUAUUUUUCCAAAGACAUGGAAAGAUUUAUUUUAUUUAAGUUAAACAUGCAGAAAAAAUUUUUGAAAUUUUUUCAAAACCUUUAAUACUCUCAUGACUUUGACUUAUUAGAAGAUACUACUCAUAAUGAGCUCAUAUUCUAUACCAGGUUUUUCUUCAGCUAUCAUAUCAGACUACUUGUCACAACUAUAUGCUAAAGGAGCAAGACCAAGUCUAAAAAGCCUUAGUAAACACUUGCAAAGCAGAAAGGCAGCUGUCUAGCCUCUUUUGUUGACUUACACUUUUCUGACAUCCAUACCUAUUCCCACCAAAUAACUGAAGGAUUUUGAGUUCCUUAACAUUAGGAGCAAAACCUUUACUUGCUUUUCGGGGGGUCAUUUGGACAACUGUCCUAUUGCACAAGCAAGGGAUAAGAUGAAUCACAGUUGAUGAAGGGAUGGAGGUUUCAGGGGCAGAAUAAGAAUCUGGCAAUUGAGUGCAUGUGGAGAUUGUUAAAUGACCGAUUCAUGAUCGUAUCAUAAGCAGCAACAGAAAUGAGUCCUCAGCGAGUUUGAAGAUUUUUUUGAAAGUUUUGACAUAUGUUAACAGGCAGUGAUGUUGCAGAUAAAAACAUCCCUGCCCCAAGACAUGAUCUCAGAUUAGUUCAAGCCCCCAUCUGUUCUCAAGUCUUUUAGAAAGACUUUACAGAAGGCAGAAUAGCCAAGUGCUUCCAUGAAGUCACAAAGCAAAAGUACCCAAAGAUCAUGUCUAAACUCAACUUUUUGUCACCAAAAAUGGUCUGUCAUAGCGAUUCAAAAUGACUCAGUCAAAUUAUAUUGAAAUUUAUAUUACUUUUAUUACAAAAACAGGAAGCCAGUAUUUUUAAAAAUUGCUUCUCCAGAGAACCUGGAAACAGAUGCCACUUUAGGUUGAUGGACAGCGUUUUCUGAUGGCUCUUGCUUUUUCCUCUGUUGUCUUGUCUUCAUUCUCUGAAAGCAUAACAAAAAAUUCCACCCCUAGUUAGUUAGUAUUAAUGAUCACACAGUACUAUUACUGCUCCGAAAAGUACAACAUAUAAGAUAACAUUCUUUGAGUUGCAGUAAAAGUGGGAUUGUGUCUCCUUAGUAAGAGACCAUGAUAACAUAUAUUAAUCAUGGCAUUCUUUAGAGACUUUUCCUCUUAGGUCACAGCGUUAAGAGCUUCUGGUUUCAUAGCCAUGUAAGCCCUCUUUGAAAUGACCUAGUGAAGUUUUAAGAGGGGAGUGGUGAGGGGGAGAGAAGUAACCUUACCUACCCAUCUGAAAAGUUUUGUUUUAAUUACAGCAUAGCUUGCUUCAGCAUACUUGUCAGGCUGAUCUAAAAUUAACAGAAAGAUUAAGUCAUUAGACCAUCUAGUAACACUUAUUCCAUUUAUUCACUGGACAAUGCACAAUGCCUGGCCUCCUGUUUAAGGAUUGAUGAAUUAAUGUACUAAUACAACCAGAACCCAGAUCUCUAUGAACUGUUCCCAAUAGGUUAAAUGCUAAUAAUAUUAGCAAAUAUAAACCUCUUGGGUAAUUUUUUAUGGUCAUGUCCACAGCAAUCAGAAACCACAUUCUAAAAGCCUUGGUAAUGACCAGAUGGUAACUAUCAUUAGUAAAUCCACUAAUGUUCCCAAUCACUAGGAAGUUGAUGUCCAUUAACUUGUGUAUUUACAUACCUUUUAGCUAGGCUUUUCCCCCUAUCAUUCCUUUGUAGUUGAACAGCUGAACACCUGUAGUGA